UCUAGGAAACGCGUAGUAGAUACACCACCACUGAGGACGUCCGCCACUUCGGCUGGAUCCUUUUGGAAGGGUCGGUUUGAUCAUCCCUCGCCGCUCCCGCACACUCCGAGAACCCGAUCUGCCCCCGUGCAGUGCGUCAUCUCGUUUUUCCCAGGAUGACACUGUGCAUGGGUUCUCUGUGGCUUAUAAAUAACGGCCGCUCUUGCUUUGACCAGAUGAGAGGAGAGCGAAAGGGAAUACGCACGAUGAGAGAGGUCCUCCAUGGAGCCUGAUGGGACUUUGAUGCGCUGCUGCCGAGGAAUUCCAGCCGUCCUUUAAAAAACUAGUUGCAUCCUCAACUUUGCUGGAAAGCUGGAAUGGACCCCCGGAGGAAUCGCUGAAGCAUUUUCGCAGGAAGGAAGAGACGAGAGUAGAAGAAAGACUAGGCAAGUAGGAAGGUUUGCUUUCUGAGCUCCACACCGACCCACCGACCCGUAACUCGUUUGACUUGAACCUUUGGGGCGUUGAGGGGUCGCUGAGAAAAAAGCCAUGGAUUCAGGUACAGAGGGUGUUCAGGAUGCGACGGUAAGCGGGGCCCUUGUUCACUUCGAGGCCACCUUGCAGGCCGCCGUGAGGGAGGUGCACGUGGACGUGAGUGCUUUCAAGCAGCGCAUAGAGCGGAGGGUCGAGGAGCUGUGCAUCUCCAACGGACCCUUGGCCGAGGCGGUGACCCGGCUGGAGGAGGAGAACCUGCAGCUCAGGGCGAAGCUGGAGGCCCUCGGCCGUCUGGUGGAGGGUCUCGCCGGUGCGAAGGUCCAGAGGAGCGCCGCCGAAGUGAAGGGGGAGAACGGGCGGGGAGGUCUGGAGAAUGGACACGCACAGGCACCACCCAAGAGCCAGGACGACGCGACGAGGCGCUCGCUCAACCCUGGAAGAUCGGACGACAGCCUCUCCAGUCAGUCCACGUGCUCGGAGCCCUCUGGGUCGGGCGGAGGAUCGAGCCACGCCGCUGCUCCCAGAAACCCCCCGGGUCCUCCUCCGUGGAGGGCAAAGAGGCACGCCGACGUCAACGGCACUGACGCAAAAGGAGAGAAAGUCGUCGCCGCCGCCGCCGCCGCACAAGAGAACGGCCAGCGAGGUACGUUGAGUUGGUCUGUGGACUCUGAUGCUGCAGCUGUUCCUCAGUCCCACCGACCUCUGACCUCCGUCACCAAACCAAACCCUGAGCCUCCUGCCGCUGAUGCUCCUCAGUCAGUGGAGACACACAAAGUGCCUGCACAGGAAGAAUCGGGUUUUCGGACCAAACCCCAUCUCCCCCUCAGCGCGGUGACGAAGGUCGGCUCCGAGGCCCCGCCUCUUCCCCAGUCUCCCGCCUCGGUCGCCAGGGCGACGAAAGAAGCGCCGGCAAAACCGGCGGAGUCUGCCGAUGAACCCCGGCCCCAUCUUCCCGUCACUGCCAUGACAACCAAGUCCGGUCCUGAGGCUCUGGUCCCGCCGGCGUCUGCCGCAGAGGCUCCUGUCGGGGAAACAGGAGCGAGGGAGCUGAGGGCCCCGGUGACCCCGGUGACCCCGGUGACCCCGGUGACCCCGGAGCAGUCGGGCCCUGGAGCUCAGGCUUCGCCUCGCCUUCCCCUCGCAGCCGUGACCGUCUCCGCUCCUCCACCUGAGCCUGAGCAGAGUCCUGCCUCCGCGGUGGCUCCUUCCAAACCAGAAUCCCCGACGACGAAGCGAAGACAAUACCCGUUCAGACGCGACGUCAGUGAAGCCAAGCCUCUCUUGCCUCUCGCUGCCGUCAGCAGACCCAACACAGAGUCUUCGUCGUCAGCUCCGGCUCCAGGUCUGUCGGCAUCACAGGAUCCUGCAGUAAAACCCGGGGAAUAUCCCUUUAAGCGCGUGCCGAUUCUGAAAACACCCAGUCCCAGUCUGAAGAGGAGUGUGAGCUUUCCUCAGCCCGCAGAAAAAUUGCUUCCCUCCAAGUCGAUCAUCAAAUCUGGUUUCUCGCCAAGUUUGGACAAGAAGGUGAACAAGCCGCCGGCGGCCGAGGUCAAGCAGGACGCGAUGAGGUCGCAAACACUUCCGCGCCCCGACGGCGCUCAGGCCAAACGGGCCCUCUUCGAACGGAUGAACUCGGAGCCCGUCAGGCCGAAGGACUCCAGGCCUAAACUGAAGCGCUCUCAGAGUUUUGGAGUUUCCAGUGCCAGUGGUAUAAAACAGAUUCUCCUGGAGUGGUGCCGCUCCAAAACCAUCGGCUACCAGAACAUAGACAUCCAGAACUUCUCGUCCAGCUGGAGCGACGGGAUGGCUUUCUGCGCUCUGGUUCACUCCUUCUUCCCUCUGGAGUUUGACUACAACGCGCUGGAGCCGGCCAAGCGCAAACACAACUUGGCGCUGGCUUUCACCACUGCGGAGGAGCAGGCCGACUGUCUGCGCCUGAUCGAGGUGGACGACAUGAUGCUGAUGGGAGACAAACCGGACCCCAUGUGUGUGUUCACAUACGUCCAGUCCCUCUAUAACCACCUGAAGCAGUUCGAAUGACUCUGUAUCAGAGUAGACGAGGAAGAAGUUCUUUUUUUUUUUAAAUCACAGUGUGUUGUGAACACUUUGAAAAACGUGGAGCCCAAAAUCUGCCCGUCACAAGCAAAACUAAUAGGAAACCACUGUUGUUCAAAUCACUCAAACGAUGACUGAUCGGUUUUACACUGUACGCGUGUGUUCACCAGUUUACCCUCGUUUCCUUUAGCAUUUAUAGUGAACCACUGAUUCUUCAAAUGCAGUGUCUGUAUGACCUGUAUUGUGACGUGUGUGACACUCAUGUUUUUACAAAAGGGCUUCUGUGUAAUCCUCAAAAAAAGAAGAAGAUAAUAGUUUGUUACAGCCGCUGCUGAUCAAUCAGCGUUUGUGAAAAAGAGUGAUGUUAUACAGAUCACAGAGUUAUGAACCAUGUGUAGAGAUGCUCCAGCAAAGAUGAACACAAGUUUCACCUGUUGCAUCUUAAAAUAAAGCUAUUUUCUAAUAAUUCUUUA